AUGGACAUUCAUCUUAAUAAAAGUCUUGGUACAUUCUAUCAAAGAAUAACAAAUUUAUUUACUCAGCCCAAAACAAACAAUGUUGAACUAAGUUCAUCAGCACCAGAUUCAACAACAUCUCUCCUGUUUAAUAAAUAUCCAUCUUCUGUGACGUCAACACCGAUACCAUUAAGCAAACAACAGCAGCGAUAUUCACUUGGAAUGAAACAACAACCGCAACAUAAUGUGAAUUAUGUUAGUGAUGAUAGUAUUCCAUUACAUUCUAAGUCGACACAGAAUUCUUCCUCAUUAUCGGGAUCGUCACACAAUUCUCUAUCAGAAAAUAAACAUGUGCUUCUUCAACUGAAUAAUAAUUCAAAUUCAAUUUGUGCUACAACACCUUCGCCUAUCGGUAUUAAAACAAAUAUAAUGUCAAAUAGUCCAAGUAACAAUUGGUAA